UGCCAAAUCCUUGGGCACCAGUAGAAGAGCUUGGUUUCUGCAGCUCCUAGAUCUCAAGGUGGAAAAUGGCAACUUUAAAUGAAAAGAAGACCUGUAGCCAAAGAAUGGAAAAUUUCCAACGUUUUUUAUGGAAUCCAGACACAGGACAGUUAAUGGGAAGAACUUUGAUUAAUUGGGUAUGGAUUAGUCUUUACUAUGUUGCAUUCUAUGUGGUAAUGACUGGGCUAUUCUCACUUGCUAUCUAUUCUUUAAUGAGGACACUUAAUCCAUAUACACCGGAUUAUCAAGAUCAAUUAAAAUCACCAGGAGUGACAUUACGACCAGAUGUAUACGGAGAAAAAGGAUUGGAAAUUUAUUAUAAUAUUUCUCAGCAGUCCUCCUGGGAUGGUUAUAUUGCAACACUUCAGAACUUUCUUUCAGGUAAAGAGAGAGCAGUGGUAUGCAAACAGGAUAUGACAGUGUAGAAGUUUUAUUAAAAA